AUGGAUAACGUCCUCCCUGUGGACUCAGACCUCUUCCCAAAUAUCUCCACCAACACCUCGGAGCCCAACCAGUUUGUGCAGCCAGCCUGGCAAAUUGUCCUUUGGGCAGCUGCCUACACAGUCAUUGUGGUGACCUCCGUGGUGGGCAACGUGGUGGUGAUGUGGAUCGUCUUGGCUCACAAGAGAAUGAGGACAGUUACUAACUAUUUCCUGGUGAACCUGGCCUUCGCAGAGGCCUCCAUGGCUGCAUUCAAUACGGUGGUGAACUUCACUUAUGCUGUCCACAACGAGUGGUACUACGGCCUGUUCUACUGCAAAUUCCACAACUUCUUCCCCAUUGCUGCUGUCUUUGCCAGUAUCUACUCCAUGACAGCUGUGGCCUUUGAUAGGUACAUGGCCAUCAUCCACCCCCUCCAGCCCCGGCUGUCGGCCACAGCCACCAAGGUGGUCAUCUGUGUCAUCUGGGUCCUGGCUCUCCUCCUGGCCUUCCCCCAGGGCUACUACUCAACCACGGAGACCAUGCCCAACCGAGUGGUGUGCAUGAUCGAAUGGCCGGAGCAUCCCAACAAGAUUUAUGAGAAAGUGUACCACAUCUGUGUGACUGUGUUGAUCUACUUCCUCCCCCUGCUGGUGAUAGGUUAUGCGUACACUGCAGUGGGCAUCACACUGUGGGCCAGCGAGAUCCCUGGGGACUCCUCUGACCGUUACCACGAGCAAGUCUCUGCCAAGCGCAAGGUGGUAAAGAUGAUGAUUGUUGUUGUAUGCACCUUUGCCAUCUGCUGGCUGCCCUUCCACAUCUUCUUCCUCCUGCCUUACAUCAACCCUGAUCUUUACCUGGAGAAGUUUAUUCAGCAGGUUUACCUGGCCAUCAUGUGGCUGGCCAUGAGCUCUACAAUGUACAACCCCAUCAUCUACUGCUGCCUCAAUGACAGGUUUCGUCUGGGCUUCAAGCAUGCCUUUCGGUGCUGCCCUUUCAUCAGUGCUGGUGACUAUGAGGGGCUCGAAAUGAAAUCCACUAGGUACCUCCAGACGCAGGGCAGUGUGUAUAAAGUCAGCCGCCUGGAGACCACUGUCUCCACAGUGGUGGGGACCCAUGAGGAAGACCUGGAGGAAGGUCCUAAGGCCAUGCCCUCAUCCCUGGACAAGACCUCCAAUGACUCCUCUCGCAGCGACUCUAAGACCAUGAUGGAGAACUUCAGCUUCUACUCCAACAUGCUCUCCUAG